AUGAUCAAAAAAUAUAGUACCACCGAAGAGGAUAAAUACCAUACCCAAAUCAUAGCUAUAUGCGUAUCUAGCCUAUCAGCUGUCACCUAUGGCAUCCUAUUCGCAUGGACAUCCCCCUUCAUCGUCAAAAUCAUCGAAGACAAAGAAAACUAUGACAUCACCGAGAGCCAAGCAGCUUACUUCACAGUCAUACCACCCCUGAUGAUGAUUUUGACAUGCCCCAUCUUCAGCAAACUCAGUGACGUCAUAGGCAGGAAGAGAACCCUAUUGAUAAUGCCAGUGCCGUACGUCUUGGCACUGUUGUUCACCAUAGUGUCCAACAAACUCGGGGUGUUGUACUUAUCCAGGUUCUGCGUGGGAAUAGGGGAUGGUUGCCUCUACUCCACCCUACCGGUGUACAUUGGGGAGAUUUCGGUCCCUAAGAUUCGAGGGACUUGCGGGAAUCUGGUCAGCGUUUUUAUGUUGCUGGGAGUGUUCGUGGUCAACGUCAUCGGGUCCUAUCUGGAUGUCAAGAAUUCCGGGUAUAUCUGCAUGGUUUUGCCCAUCGUUUAUUUUGUGCUCAUGAUGUUCAUGCCAGAGUCGCCCUACUACUAUAUAGCUAAAGGUAAACCGGAAAAGGCAAAAAAAUCUCUGAGAUGGCUGCGAUCCAGAGAAGACGUCGACGAAAUCUACCUGAAACUCAGCUCAGACCUGGAACACCAACUCGCUGAAGCUGGUACUUGGAAAGACCUGUUCUGCAUCAGAAACAACAGGCGAGCCUUAGUCGCCAGCCUUUUCCUCAGGAUAGCUCAGCAAUUUUCUGGCACGGCUACCAUCACUGUAUACACCAAGCUAGUAUUCGAAAAAUCCGGAGCUAAUGUCAGCUCAGAAAUCCCUAGUAUGGCAGCUAGCGGUCUAGGCUUCGUGUUCAUAUUUGUAGCCGGAUUCUGCAUUGAGAGAUUCGGAAGGAAGAAGAUGUUCAUGAUUUCUCUGAGCUCUUGUAGCAUAGUGCUGUUGACGAUGGCGGUGUACUUUUAUUUGGACGAUAAAGUACCCAGCGUUGACGUGACCCCAGCUAAAUGGAUACCAAUUGCAGGUACCAUACUGUUUAUAGUUUCCACAUCUUUUGGAACUUUUAAUAUCCCUACCUUGAUGUCUGGAGAGCUGUUUUCCUCCAGCAUCAAAGCUAAAGCUAUGAGCGUUUUAACGCUAACUUUCGGUGUUUUCAUGUUCUUAGCUAACAAUAUUUUUCAUUUUCUUGAUGUGUGGGUAGGGUUUUACGCGCCCUUUUUGUUUUUCGGGGUUUUUAGUAUAAUCAGUGUGUUUUUGACGAUAUUUUUGAUACCUGAGACUAAAGGUAAAACUUUGGAAGAUAUCCAACAAAAACUUUACAGGAAAAAGACGAAAACUGUCGAGGUAGUUGAAGAUGGAAAAACCCGAUAUUAG